AUGAAGAGUUUUGGAGUUUUCUCCUUAUUACUGUGUGUUUUGGCUUUUGCCAACGCUAAAGAUAGCGAUACGUCAUCUACCGAAGAAAAUUUGAGAGAUCUUGCAAAAGCUGUUCACGAAAAAUUGAAUACUACAAUAUUUCUGGACUUAGUCAAAUUGGGGGAUAAAAUCAAAGAAAAAUGUCCAGAUAUCGAAAACAAAAUGGAGAAUACCAUGGACAGAGUUGGUGAAUGUGUUGAAGCAAUCGAUCUCGGUUCCGACACCUUCUGUUCCCUCAUCAGGAAAAAUUUCGUUAAAUGUAUGAAACCUGCAGUGGAGCUCGCAGUAGGCUGCAUGCCCAAAGAAUCGAAGGACAUUCCCGAAAUGGUAGAAAAAAUUGUGAUGGCUAUGAUUGAUACAGCGUGUAGCUCUACUGUUGAAGAAAUGUUGGAAUUGCUUAACCCAUGUAUGAUGAAUAAAGACUUCUCACUCCAGUUCCCACCAUGCAAGGACUUGCGGGAUACAUUCGAUCAACACAGGAACAAACUCCCAUCCAAGGCUUUUACUUGUCAGACCAUGCCGAAAGUGCGAAGGUGUAUAAAAGCAGUACUGGACGAUUCUUGUCCUAACCAAUUAACCAAAGCUGCUCAUAUGAAAAUGCUUGACGGUAUUGACAAAGGUCUAAAAGAAGAUUGCGAUGCCUUGAACACAGCUUAG